AUGGAAUUCACCAUCUCAAAAUCCGUGGCCGAAGAGCCCUCCGAGUUAUCCACCAAGCUGUCAGCGGGAAGGAAAAGUGCAACUACAACGAACAAGUUCAUCGGACUUCUGCUUAUUCUCUCUGUCUUCGGCGUCUGCCGAGAGAUCCUGACGCAGUACUUCCCGCGAGAGGCUAUGAGAAACUUGGACACCACUUAUACAGCGUCAAGGAAAACGGCCCUAGACGACUUUGUCACGCCAGAGACUGCCCAAGCUCUGGAAAACGAUGUCAAACUUCGGCGAAGCAUUCUCGCCAUGGUCGACUUCACUGCGGACAUGUCCAACAUUUUGGCGACCCGUUACGCAUCUCCUGAACUGCACGAGGCAACCGAGGUUCUGCAGGCCUAUCGUUCCAAAAUGCUUCGUAGCAUCCCCGAAAGCGAAGCCUCCGCUAUUGAGAAGCGACAGCUGCCUUCCCUCGGCAAUCUAAUCGGUGGUGGCGGAGAUGCCACCCCCGGAGCUGGAGGUUUGAUGGACGGCCUGGGCAAACUUGUCUCCGGUGGCUUGAGUAACAUAGGAAGUAGCCUCGCUGCAGAUGCCUCCGGGGCGGGCCUGUUCUUGGGCAUCGGUGUUGGGGCCGGCGCGGCCCAGGGACUCAACAUCUCGACAGCCGAACGGACAACACAGAUCGCUGCCAAGGUGGCGUCUGAUAACAAGAUGGAAGCCACGGGCUUGAACCCGACCAUUCAGAAUCUGGGCGUUGGCCUUACCUCGAGCCUGCUUGGCGCUGUCAACGUUUCCUCCCUCGCUUCUGGCAUUGAUGUGCAGUCCCUCGUCAUGUCACUCGCUCAGGGCCUAGGAAAUGGUACUGUUGCUGGCCUCAAUCUCAAUCCCGCAGCGCCCAUGUUGAUGGUCAGCAAUGAAACAAGCAUCGCCAAUAUCGCUGGUACCCUUGGCUUCGGCUUGACGCAAUCGGUUACCUCAAAUAUCGACACAAAAGCCAUUAUUGGCUCACUGAACAAUCCCAAUAACACGGCUGCCAUCAUGAAGAAUCUUCCAGACGCCGCCGCCGGCAUCGGCAGAGGUCUGGGAGAAGGUGCAGCCGUUGGCCUCGGCCUUCAGGCAAGUAUGCCUGUUGCCAUGCGCCAGAUGCCCGAUGGCGCAAUCGACAUCCUCGGUGUUUCGCAGACCUUCACUAAGGAGCUGACGGCUAGCUUCUUGCAAAAUGGUACUGCUUCAAAGCUAGCCGGCAUGCUUGGCGGUUCCAUGGGCAUGCAGCCUCCUGCCAACAAUGCCGGUGGCAUCCCGAGUACCAUUUCCAUCAACGGGCAGAGUGUUGAGAUCAGCCGUGUUGCUCAAGGCUUUGCCAGUGGUCUGCUGCAAGGUGCAGGCGACACCAUCCAAGGCAUGGGAGGCGUCCAAGCCCUGGCCGAUUUUAGCUCCAACACACAGACAGGAAAUGUGCCCAUGGACGCCAUGCCCCCUACGAAAGUUCAAUUUGACGACGGCAUAGGCGGUGCUGCAGCUGGCCUUGGUGCUGGCAUCGGCGGUCAAGGUGUUCUGCUGGUUUCAAUGCUCAUCGCCAACCCUACGGGCACCCCGGCGGUCGCCGUGCCUCCUCCAGCUGCACCGGCGCCCAGGAGCCCAACCCCAGACAUGCAAGUCCCGGCAACACCGGCUCCCGGCGAUAUGCCCUCCCUCCCGACACGUUUGCGCAGGGGCCCCGGGCUAGCCUCCCGACAGGACCCCUCUGUCAACGUUGACACGUCAAAAGGUUUCAACCUGUCUGUCAUCAUAAACGCGCAGACUGUUUCGUCAGCGGCUCAAGGGGGCAUUGACGCCCUGACCUGCCAGGGCGUGGGUGGUGGCCUCGGCAACAUCUUGCUCGGCUUGCUUCGAAGCAAGACCAUCUCGACAGGCUCUCUGAACAAUGAUAAUACUACAAAAACGAUUCGGCAGGUAAUUCCUACGGGGAUCAUCAAGAUCAAGAACGAGGGGAACACGUACAACAUUGAUGGCGGCGUCAUUCGUGAAAGCUUCGGCAAUAACAUACUUGGCGCCGUCAAUGGCAUCGAGAUUAAUGGCAUGAAGCUGGCCGCCUGGAUUGCCUUCAUUGUCAUCCAUAGUCAGUAUUCCAAACCCCGGCUAUCCUUGCACAUUAUUGCUUACUUUUCCGUUACAGUUUUGUUUGCCACUGUUGCCUUCGUCAACGUUCUACCCAUCGCGCUCGGCCUCGAGAGCGUGCGAAAUCUGUUGCAUAAAGCCAACCUUCCUCAUAUUCUGCCUAAGAUUCCCAAGUGGAACAACAUUAUGUGGUUAUUUGUUAUUGCACCUUCAAUUCUUAUCGUUUUCGUUUUCGGCGUCGUCCUCUAUGGCAACACGCGCCACUUCCGCACCGCCCAUGGAAUCAUCAGUCUUAUCACAACGCUGGUGGGAAUCGGAGCAGUGGCGCUUCACAUUUUUGUCAAGGUCAUAUCGCCGCCUCAGAGCAUCCGCGAUCAUCUCCCCCAAGGCCUUUUCAGCCUCCCCAAUGUCCGGGGCAUUGUCAAUCAGCUUUUCCUGUUUUUAGCCGUGGCUUCAGCCAUGACUGGCUUCGCAGACCUCAGCUCCGUUGCGCUUUGCCUGACGCAGAUCAUUCCCUUCGACAUUGCACUCAGUGUAGGCUUCGGCCUAUCGACACCAUUUGCUCUAGGGUCCUCUAUCAUCGGUCUUGAAGCAUACCUGAGCUUCCGCGAGGCUCGGAUGAAGAAGAAAGCCCUGAAGAAUGGCAGCAAGAACAAGGAGGAAGUUGUUAUUGUGAAGCUUGCCAGUGACGGAUCUGAGAUGAUUUAA